AUUAUUUCUUGUUCUCUGAAUAAUAAAGCAUGAAAUCUUCUUACAAGUUUUCCAAUCUUUUAGGCACUGUUUAUACAGGUGGUAAUGUUCUGUUUUCACCUGACGGGAACUCUGUCUUGAGUAUUGUUGGCAAUCGUGUUUCUGUAUUUGAUCUUGUCAACAACACAUCCUAUACACUCCCUAUUGAAAUGCGUAAAAAUAUUGAUCGUAUGGCCCUUUCUCCUAAUGGCACAUUAUUGGUUACUGUCGAUAGAGAUGGCAGAGCACUCUUGAUCAACUUGCCUCGAAAAAUCGUACUUCAUCACAUGAAUUUCAAGACAAGAGCCAAAGCUAUUCAGUUCAGUCCUGAUGGUAAAUACUUGGCUAUUACCAAUGAAAAGACAGUCAAUGUAUGGAAAGCACCUGGCCACACUCGCGAGUUCGCACCUUUUGUUCUUUAUUUUACAGCACUUGGACAUCAUGAUCAAGUCACCAACCUCAACUGGAGUGCUGAUUCAAAAUACUUUAUUACAUCAUCAAAAGACAUGACAUGUCGUAUCUAUACCAUUGACAAAAAGAUGGACGAAUUCACAACAACACUCUCUGGUCAUCGGGAUUAUAUUAUCAAUGCCUGGUUCUCUGCUGAUAUGAAGAGUGUUUAUUCUGUUAGUAGAGAUGGCUCGUUGUUUGAGUGGAAGAAUUCGACUUAUGCAGGCAUGCAUGAAGAUUCAGACACGGAGAUGGUUGAAGUGGAUGAAGAUGGCAAUGAGAUUGUACGCGUAGAUAAGAUCAAGUGGCGAAUUUUGAAAAAGAACUAUUUCAAUACAACAGGUGUCAAGGUCAAUACAGCACAAUUCUUUGCAGCCAGUAACUUGGUAGUGGUUGGUUUUGCUAAUGGUAUCUUUGGUAUUUAUGAAGUGCCUCACUUUACUACGAUUCAUACAUUAAGUAUCUCACAAAAAAAGAUUGAUACUGUCGCUAUUAACAAGACAGGCGAAUGGCUUGCUUUUGGUUCUUCAGCAUUAGGCCAAUUAUUAGUCUGGGAAUGGCAAUCAGAGACCUAUGUAUUGAAGCAACAAGGUCACUAUUAUGAUAUAAAUUCAGUCUCUUAUUCAGCCGAUGGACAGUCAUUAGCUACAGGUGGUGAUGAUGGUAAAGUCAAAGUAUGGAGUACGACUUCAGGCUUUUGUUUUGUUACCUUUAGUGAUCAUACAAGUGGUGUCAAAGCUGUCGAAUUUGCUAAACAAGGACAGGUCUUGUUCUCUGCCAGUUUAGAUGGUACCGUGCGUGCCUUUGAUCUUGUGCGUUACCGUAAUUUCAGAACAUUCACUAGUCCAAACCCUGUUCAGUUCACAUCCUUGGCAGUGGACCCUAGUGGUGAAAUUGUGUGUGCAGGUACUAUGGACACAUUUGAAAUCUAUAUCUGGAGUGUACAGACAGGCAAAUUACUUGAUAUCUUGGCAGGACAUACUGGACCUAUCAGUUCACUUGCCUUCUCUCCCACUGGUAUGAAUCUUGUCAGUGGUAGCUGGGAUCAUUCAGCACGUACCUGGGAUGUGUUUGGCCGUACAAAGAGCAUUGAAACUCUUGUCCAUCAAACAGAAGUAUUGGCUGUUGCAUUUAAGCCUGAUGGUAAAGAAAUAGCAGCAGCUACUCUGGAUGGCCAAAUCACUUUCUGGGAUAUUUCAGAGGCCAAUGUGAUUGGUACUAUUGAUGGUCGCAAAGAUAUCAUGGGUGGCCGCAAAAAAGAUGACCGCACAUCUGCUGAUAAUGCUGCUUCUGGCAAGUGCUUUAACUCUAUUUGUUAUACUGCUGAUGGUACAAGUAUUAUUGGUUCUGGUACAAGCAAAUAUAUCUGUAUUUAUGAUGUUGCCACUGCCUUCUUGAUCAAGAAAUUCACUAUUUCCAAGAACCUCUCUUUGGACGGUACACAAGAAGUGCUUAAUUCAAAGUACAUGACUGAAUUUGGCAGUCUGGAAGAAUUAGAAGACGAAGGUUCUGACUUUGAAGAGCGACAAGACUUUUCUCUGCCUGGUACAAGAUCAGGUGAUCUCUCUGUCAGAAAGACACGCCCUGAAGUCAAGUCCAUGGCUGUUCGUUUCUCCCCUACAGGUCGCUCUUGGGCUGCUGCUACUACAGACGGUCUCAUGAUUUAUUCCUUAGACGAAGAUAUCAUGUUUGAUCCAUUUGAUUUAGAGUUGGAGAUCACACCUGAAACUGUGCUAGAAGCCCUUGGAGACAAAGAAUACUUGAAGGCACUCUGUAUGGCCUUCAGAUUGAACGAAAAGCCUUUGUUACAUACUGUGUUUGAAGGUAUUCCACCAGACUCAGUUGAUCUUGUUGCCCGUGAAAUGCCUGAAAAAUACCUGUUUAAACUAUUGACAUUUAUCGGCAUGCAUAUGGAAAUCAGCCCUCAUAUUGAAUUCCAUUUGAUAUGGGUGACUCAAAUCAUGACUGCUCAUGGUAGAUACCUUCGUGAUCAUCGUGGACAAUUCCAGCCUGUAUUUAGAGCAUUGCAUAAGGGUGUGAAUCGUGUUCGAGAUGAUAUUGCCACACUGUAAGUUUGAUUUUUUUUUUUGUUAAUGAGUAGACUAAUAUACAAUAGAUGUGAUUCAAACCAAUAUACGC